UGUGUUAUAUCCGUGUUCAGUCAUUCAAGUGCUGUGUAUCCGUUGUCAUAUUACAGGAUGCAUUCUCCACUGUAACACAGUAACAAAGCAUCUACGUCUCAUUCUAGAACUGUCGGCCAUUCAGAUAGUGCAGUUCUUUUAUAGUCGAAUAUAUAUCAAGACUGAGAUCUUGUACAUUGUUCAUCUAACCUGUGAAUACGAAAACAGCCUCCACGAAAGCCAUUGGCCGUAGCGAAAGCAGCGAGUAAUUGAGCUGUUACUGCGAGUUCGUUGUUUAAACAUGUUGUCCUGCUUCAAUCACGAGUUUGUUAUUCAUGUGCGGACUGGGGACGUACAAGGGGCAGGUACUGAUGCAAAUGUGUCUGUUAUACUUCACGACGAGCAAGGCUCAUCAACAAACCAGCUUCAACUCAACCAUGCCUUCAAGAAUGACUUUGAAAGAGGGAACCUGGAUGUGUUUCAACUGCCAAGGGAUAAGACUGAAUUUAUUAACAAGCUUGGCAAACUGGAAAUAUUCCGUGACGAUUCUGGAUUUGGAAGUUCCUGGUACGUUGAAAGAAUCACAGUUGAGAACAAGUCUAACGGCGACGUGUACAUCUUCCCCGUACUCAGGUGGCUGCGACCUCAUUACCACUACGUGUUUCGGGAAAAUGACACCUUCCUUCCACAGGAUGAUGCCAAACAGGAGCAGAGGAGGCUGGACUUGGAGGACAAGCGCAAAGUCUACGUAGUGGACACAAGUGAUGUCGCUCUCCCGGCCUCGAUCAAGGAUCUGCCUCUUGAAGAGCAGAUUACAAGCCAACAUCGUUGGGAUAUACAGAAGUUAAAACUGAACCUGAUAGCUCAGAGCAGCAUCACGAUGUUGACAACAGGCAGAUGGAAGAGCCUUGAUGGCAUCAGGAACGUUUACGUCCGGAAAAUCUUCAACGAACCAUGGGCUAGUCGCUUGUGGAGGGAAGAUUCGUUCUUCGGAUACCAGAGGCUUAACGGACCCUGUCCCUGUCUCAUUCGACUUUGUUCCGAUAUUCCACAAAAACUCGCUGUCACAUCGGAAGAUCUUGAGCCAAUCUUGGAAGGGCAGUCCAUGGAAGAAGCCUUGUUCAAAAAGAGAUUGUUUUUAUGUGAUAUGGACAUUCUCGACAACUUAGUGUGCAAAGGCACAGACUACGUGGUGUGUGCCCCUAUUGUAUUGCUGUAUCGGAACAAUAAAGACCAGCUCCUACCAGUUGCCAUCCAGUUGUUCCAGGAACAAGGAGCAGAUAACCCUGUGUUUCUACCAUCCGACGACCCGAACACGUGGCUGCUGGCAAAAAUGUGGUACAACCAGUCAGAGGCCACCUACCACCAGUCGCUCGUCCAUCUUGGAUAUACCCAUCUGCUGAUGGAGGGAGUGAUAGUGGCACUUCACAGACAGGUGUCCAUCUCACACCCAAUCUUCAAACUCCUGGCUCCGCAUCUUCUGUUCCUGCUUCCGAUCAACAAACUUGCUGUGGAGAAACUUUUGGCGGUUGAUGGAUGGAUCGACAAGACGAUGUCAUGCGGAAGGAAUGGCGUGCUCGACUUGAAUAGGAGGAGAAGAUGGCGGAUGGACAUACAUGGUAUAUUGCCAGAAGACCUGGAGACCCGAGGGGUGUCCGAGGAGAACGUUCUUCCUGGGUACUACUACCGUGACGACUCUCUACUUCUGUACAAUGCAAUAAAAACCUACGUUACAAGUUACGUUGGCCUGUAUUAUGAUACACCCCAGCGUCUCCUUGACGACACAGAAAUACAGGCCUGGGCUAAGGAGAUGGUUCAGAGUCGGGAGGACGGCGGGAUUGGUCUACAGGGAGUACCUGGUGAUGGGGAAUUCCAUGAGCUGGAGCAGCUGAUCCUGACGUUGACGUCGAUCAUCUUCACCUGCAGCGUCCAGCACGCCGCCGUGAACUUCCCCCAGUACGACUACUACGGCUUCCCGCCGACCUACCCACUCAGCCUCAUUGGGAGACCACCAACAGACAAGAGUCCCAGGACAGAAGCCGACAUCCUCAAUGCUCUGCCCGACAAGAAACUGACAAUGGAUGCAAUGAUCGUCACCAAAAUACUCAGCCAGAAGGGAGUCAAAGGUCUGGGAGACUUUGAGGUUGAUUUCAUAUUUGAUCCCAAGGCACAGAAAAUAGUUGAAAGCUUCCGGGAGAAGCUUGAGAAGAUAGGUGUGAUCAUCAAUGAACGAAACAAAUCACUGGAUCUUCCGUAUGAGUAUCUACAUCCGAGUUCAAUACCAAACUCCAUCAGUGCCUAGGACGCCUGGCAGGAUACGGGGGACAUGCAGUUAAGGAACGACUCCUCCGAAAACUGUAUUUCGACGGCAGUGCAUCUUACUUGCCCCUGUCAGACAUCCGAGACGUCUCCACAUAUUGAACUACACAUGAGGAUACAUAAAAUACAGACGCUUAAUUUGUCAUUUGAAACUUUCAUAAUUAAUUAGUUAUUUUUGUGGUAUUGUUUCUUCAAUACCUUUCCAGACAUUUGGUUUAUUAUCUUUUAAUUGAUUGCUUGUUUUGUUCAGUUUUUCGGAAAUAUUACGACAUCUUUA